ACUUCCUGCUGCGUCAUCGCGUCGCCAGUCACGUCGCCAUGGCGAGCCGGAAAACUUCUCAACCAAAGCGAAGCAGCAACGGAGACAAAUACUCCGUGCUGCUGCCGACCUACAACGAAAGAGAAAACCUGCCUUUGAUAGUUUGGCUUUUGGUGAAAUAUUUCGGCGAGAGCGGAUUCAACUACGAAAUAAUUGUCAUUGAUGACGGAAGCCCAGAUGGGACACUGGAGGUGGCGGAGCAGUUGCAGAAAAUCUAUGGGAAGGACAAAAUACUCCUACGGCCGAGGGAGAAAAAACUAGGCCUGGGCACCGCCUACAUCCACGGCAUGAAGCACGCUACUGGGAACUUCAUCAUCAUAAUGGACGCAGAUCUUUCUCAUCAUCCCAAGUUUAUCCCGGAAUUCAUCCAGAAGCAGAAGGAAGGUAACUACGACCUGGUGUCUGGAACUCGAUACAGUGGAAACGGAGGCGUCUAUGGCUGGGACCUGCGCAGGAAACUCAUCAGCCGGGGUGCCAACUUUUUGACUCAGGUGCUGCUGAGACCCGGCGCCUCAGACCUCACAGGCAGCUUCAGGUUGUACAAGAAAGAGGUGUUGGAGAGUCUGAUGCAGCGCUGCGUGUCCAAAGGAUACGUCUUUCAGAUGGAGAUGAUUGUUCGGGCCAGGCAGCUCAAUUUCACAAUCGGAGAGGUUCCCAUUUCCUUCGUGGAUCGAGUUUACGGAGAGUCCAAACUGGGAGGCAACGAGAUCGUGUCAUUCGCCAAAGGACUGAUCACACUCUUCGCCACGACAUGAUCAGACGAAGCGCUGCGUUCGGACGUCCCACAGCCGUGUGGGUCUUUGUCCCGCUCUUAAAUUCACUGUCUUUAAUCCAGUAGUUAAUGAGGCGGAGAAAGAAAAAAGCUCCAUGUGAUCAGACGGUGACGCGACUCUGUUAGCAGUAAAUAUAAAAUACGUUCAGAAUAACGAAAGGAACUCUGACUGCGCUUUACGCUCGUCCAUCCGUCAUCGUCGUGUUUAAUCUUUUUGAAGCGAAGCGCAGCGUCUCAUCGUUCCCGGCGCAGACAGCUGACUGAACUCUGCAUUAACGAGAUGGGUUUAAGUACUGAACUGCUACACCUGCACUUGUCUGUAUAGAAUUAAACUGAUUUGUAUUGUU